UGAAAAUGAGACAGAUGAAGCUAUUUCUAAAAUUGACGGAAGAAAGGAAACAUCGCGAAGAUCAGAAAACACCUCGCUUUUGUUGAAAAGUGUAGGUAAACAUUGUGCGAAUUUAAAGAUUUCUACUCGUCAAUGUGAUCAAAAAGAGUUAGGUACAAUAAAUAACAUAAUGGACGACGGCCAAAAAAUGGAUCUCAUUCACCUUCCCGUCGUUGUUUUAGAGAAAAUUUUCUCAUACCUUUCGUACGAUGAAAUUGCGAAGAAUAGAGUGGUGUCCAAAACCUUCAAUGAGAUAAGUAUCCGGCUUCUGAACCGCGGGUUCAUGUUAAUAGAGCGGCGUCACGCGCUCGCUCUAAAGAGUGUGAAGACACAGCUGCCUCGGAGGGAGUCGGAGCGCAGAUAUCACCCACUCUCCCGCCACUGCGACAUUCUGACGUCGAUCGAGACCCGCAUUUCUAUGCUCAAUAUGACAUACUCCAAAUAUAUUGAUAAUGGUUAUUGCUGUUUUAUACCAGGGAAGGUCAUAGACGAAAUGCGUCGAGUUCUCUACAUAGUUGAAACGUCUACGACUCCGCCGCGCGCUCACGAAGUACUCCAAGAGUUGAGAGAUAUAUCCAGCAUGGCCAUAGAGCAUUUUGAUGACAAAAUCUCACCGGCCUUCCGUAAACGGCUGCAGGACGGCAGUCAACCGCAACCCAGACCUUCUAAUGCCAUACUAGGCCCGCUGGCGCUGCGUCAAGAAAUUAGCAAUUUACGUCGACAAUCACUACUAAAUGCCAAACUUGCUUUGUACCUCGCCGAGCAAUACAAGAAGUUUUACAAGCGUAUGACGGGAUAUAAAAAAGUGGCGUUGCGUCAGAGGAAGACCAUUCGCGAAAUGAUGACACGGCAGGGCGAACAGGAGGCUAAUAUAGCUGACCUCAAGCGGCGUAUAGAGGAGUGUGACUUCAAAUAUAGCGAACUCACUCACACCAAUCAGGCUGUUGGCGGGAAAAUUGCGUCAACAGAAGUUGCGUCUCCCGCCACGCAGCCGUUGCGUCACUUCGGGAGCCAGAUCAAGCUUGACCUGUCCGUGUUGCCCAUCGGAACUUCCAAACGGAAUCAGUCCACAAUGCUGCCCAACAUGAAGCCUCGCAAGCCUGUGAUCCGCUUGCCGAGUCUCUCCGAAGACGAGCCGCCGGCGAAACAGCCAAAAUUAGAACCAAAGCCAUCCACAUCCAACCAAAACAAGGCCAAACAAUCGGCCAUAAUCGCCAAACUCCGUGGCAUAACGAAUGAGAUAAGGCAAUUGAGUAAUCUGUCCAAUUUCGAUAUGAAAUUGGAUAAAUCUUUGAAUUUGGCAAUUGAGAAUAAUGAGAAGGAGUGCAUUAUACACGAGUUGGAUUAGAUUUUUAUUUUGUGUGUGUAUAAUGCGACACCCAGCAGCUAGGCACAAGGUUUCCAAAUAUAAAAGGACGAGGUUUUCUCAAUUUGUGCACGGCUACAAUGAAAGGUGCACAGAUGUAAAAGGGCGUGGCGAAACCGCUCACCCCACUCGUCUGCCUCGGCCCCGCGUGUCGUCACACAACUUUUGUUAGAGCAAUUGCAAUAGUCUUUCUUUUCUGGAUUCUGAGUUCAGCCUGCCUCGUGAAUGUUGCCAUCCUACACAAAAAAAAUCUCCUUCAAACAAUUUUUUUAUAAUAUUUUUUUUCAUCAGUUAUCCGUGAAAGCGUAACAGAAAGACAAGACUUUUGCAUUUAUAAGUAUGGGUUUAAAGCUACAAACUACUAGCGUCAGCUCUUAUUGUAUUAGUAUAGAAUUGUACUUUUAUUUUUAUUGUAAUCUAAUACACUCUAUUAGUUCGGUUGUACUACAAUAAUGUUUACUAAUAUAGAUAAGAUUCGUAUUUAUACGAAUUCCAUUUUGGGCACCGGAAACAAUGGCACAUUAGGUGUUCCAUACACGGCACUUAACGAUUUCUCAUACAGAAGAAGUAUUAAACAAUGAAAAACGAGGAAUAAAACAUUAUAUAUCGUGGUGCCAUUUUUUACGGUGCCCAAAGUGGAAUAAUUAUGUAUUCAUUCGCAAGUAAUUACAAUAUAUAAAAAACAUUUUUCAUAACAUUAUCAACACUAAACAAACUUUAUGCAUAUUUAACACAAGACUAUAUAGGGUGUAAAUGUCACUUUUUGUCUUCAGUGUCAUUUUUAGGAAUUUAAUACAUUUUAAUCGCAAGUAGGUAACAAAAAUUGUAUUCAGAAAAAAAAUUACUAUUGAGAACAAAAAAUGCUAAAUUUCCGCCUAAUCAACUUUCUAUACGGAGCUUAUUAAGGUAGUGGCUAUUAUUUAAAACCUUAUGACUGUGUUAUAAAGUUCAUUUUAAAGUGACAAUAUAAGUAUGUUUAUCAAUGUUGCGGGAGUGUGUAAGGUGGUGUAGCAAUUAUUUUGAACCUUAUCUCCACGUUGUUAAGUUCAAUUCUAAGUGGCAAUAAGCUAUCACUGCCUUUAUAAAGCUGAAGUUUAAUUUUUUAAAAUAUUUAUCAAAUUCUUUUUUUUUAUAAUCAUAUGUGUUAUUGCUAACGCUAGUGUCAGAUUUUGUUCAAGUCGCCUAAAGGCAUCUGACAAGACUUUACGACUACCUACCGCCAUCAAGUGGCAAGUAGUCGCGUACACACUAGUGUUUAUUAAAUAACAUUUGAGAUUAUUCAUAGCGGGAAAACUAAGAAAUUAGAUCGUAUAAUAUCUAGUAAUUUUGUGUAAAUUUCGAAAUGUGAUUUCGAUUAUUAUUAAGUAUUUUUUAUUUACACGAGUUUUUUUAACACCAAUCAAAUUCCGCUCCAGUUUUGAAUGACUAAAUAACCACUCAAAUAACUAUCACUUACAUGUGUCAUAUAUUCAUACAUAUAUUUUAGAAAGAAAUAGCAUUCGCUAUAAGUCCGUCUUUGCACUCAUUAUGUUUGAAUAUCUUAUGUAACGUAUAACUCCUUUGUGAAUGGUGCAAUAAAGAGUUCAUCUAUCUAUCAUCGAAAAUCAAUAGUUCCUUUCGGCGAUUAUCGGAUCUACCAAAACGCCCCAUACUAAUAACAUGACAAAAAUAUAGAUCCAUAAAGUAUGAUCGCUAAUCAAUUUAAACUGAAAAGUAGCAAAAUGUGACUCGGAAAAAAAACAUUUUUUUUUUAUAUAUUAUAUAUAUAUAUAUAUAGUGAAAAUUUGAGUGGUGUUUGAAAAGAUCCUGUAUAAAAAAAUCACACUGGGUAUUUCGUAUCAAGUAGAUAGGUAGAAAGCUCGAAUAAAAAUAAGUAUAUUUAUUUAAAAAAAAAAAAACAGUAAAUGUUAUACUUUAAAACACCAGCUGCUGUUCAACACACAUUGCUCAUUUUUGUAUCAGCUACGUGUUGACAAGAUUUAGAGCCACUUGCUGAUAAAGUAUCUGAUAGCCUAUAUGUAACAUAUCUGACAGAUAGUAUUGAAAAUUGUGUUUCACAAGUGUUGGAUAGGGCUAACUGGCAAAUAACUUCAGGCAUAUUUAUCUAGCAGUUAGUUGAUCUGUCGGAUUACAGUAUGAUAUUGUUUCAGAAAGCGGUGAAAGACUAAGUAUUAACUCGUGUCAACGCAUAUUUGACGUAUAACUAAGCAAUCGCUCCGACAAUUACACUGGUUUAUUUCACUACUGUGAAACAGAAUAUUUUUUCUUCUCUGUUACACUACAAUACAUUGUAUUACAGACCAGGUGAUGAAUUACAACAUUAUAAUGCCCGCGCUCAUAUUAGGGCCCGUAUUUAUGCCAUGUAGGGCGAAAUUAGAAUUAUUAAGUACAUGUUAAACUGUUACGCCAAAUAUGUAAAGUUCGUUUUGCGAUCUCGAUGUAUAAUCAAACUUAGUAAUAAUUCGCCAAGGUCAUUAACUAUUUGUCCUGUGUUGUGGCAGACCAUGAUGCCGGCUCCACACUGUCGCCGAACUCGGACACAUGCCGACGCGUGAACAUUGCGCAGUUAGUAUGAGUGUUUUUAUUUACCGCAAUGAAAAACCAGCGAUGUAUACCGAACCGUAUGGCAAACUGUUCGACGACAGUGUGGAGCUAGCAUGAAACAAAACGUCACACGUCAUUGCGUCCACACGUUCUCUCUUUCACACGAUGCUUACACGAUAUAGGAAAAAGAGACAGCAAAUGGACGUGAUGUGUUUGUAUGUUUCGUGGUAAACCUCCUGACUUGUAAUAUCCAUAACUUACAUAAUAAGUACUUCAAUGUAAUAAACGUUCUAUGUCUA